UCACCAAUUCCAUCUUCAUAUAAAUAGAACGGAUACAGCAGCAACAUGGUUCGGGGAAAGCGUUUUCUGGGUUUGAACGGAAUCUCACUUAGGUUAUUCCUUCAGCUUGGCAACUGUUAUAUAUUUUUUUAAGGUUUAUGCAUCUAUAUAAUAAACCCAUGUAAAUUAUUGCAAAGAAAGAUAAGAUAGGUACUAGCUGGUAGUAUAGUUUAAUUAGUUAAUUAUCGAUAGGUAUAGGUAGGUAUAGUUGAAUCAUGGAAGACAGAGAUUAUCUUUGUUCGAAGAAUCCAACAACAAUCACAAGCAGCAGAAGAAGGAGAAGCCGAAGCCCCACAUCGAAGCAACAGCAAGAGAAACCAAUGAAACCAUACAGAGGAAUAAGGAUGAGGAAGUGGGGGAAGUGGGUUGCGGAGAUAAGAGAACCCAACAAGAGAUCAAGGAUUUGGUUGGGUUCUUAUACGACACCCGUUGCAGCGGCACGCGCAUACGACACCGCCGUUUUCUACCUGCGAGGCCCUUCCGCGCGCCUUAACUUCCCCGACUUGUUGUUCCAAGACCAAGAGGGCAAUGAUUCGGUGCAGCAAGGUGCAGGGAACAUGUCCGCUGAUUCCAUACGCGAAAAAGCUACUCAAGUUGGCGCUAGGGUCGAUGCUCUUGAAACGGCUCUUCAUCAUGCUUCUUCCCACACCACCUCCACCACUCUCAAACCUGACUUGAACGAGUUUCCAAAACUCGAAGAUUCCCUUGACCUUCAGGAUUGAUAUUAAUUCAUAUUAAUAUCAAUUAAUAUUCCUAAGUCCUAUCUACAUAUAGGUAGAUAUCAUGAAUAUAGUGUUAUAUAUAUAUAUAUAUAUAUGGGGCUUGCAACUCACCCCUUACCCUUAAUUUAUCCGUCUUCUUGUUUUUCAUAUACAUAUAUUUAAUCGUAUUAUCAAAUCAAAGCACCUAUUUUCUAGGGUUUUUGCUGAUUGAUGCAAAUAUACUUGUACUAUUGAAAAAGAAUAUGUGUAGUGUUUUGGCGGAUAAGGUGUAAUUAACAUAACAAGGUGGGUAGUAAUCGUCGAAGGGGCGGUGGAUUCGUGGGCAAGUGACAUAGAAAUUGACAUGGUUCAUGGUUGAUCGAGUUAAUUGAUUGUUUUGUUGUUAUUGCAGGAAAAUAUAUGUUUUUGUUUGAUCCAAAAGAGGAAAAGGAAUUUUUGUUUAGCUGCUUUAAAUUACCGGUAAAGGGUUUGCGUUUGUGUAAAUAUUCUCUUCUCUAUUAUUGUGUUAUGUUGGUGAUUCGAUCAAAUUAAAUAUGUGUAAGUGCGAUUCGUGAGAGGCAAAGGGAUAAAGAUGGGAGCAGCUGUGACCCAACGAAGAUACAUUGAAAUAAACAAGCAAACACUAAUGAUCGGUUUGCCGAAUAGUAACGAACAAGUGGAUAAAGGGAUAAGGUAGAGGAGAGAGCACCAAGAGGCAGUUUCUGUGACGAGGUGGUGGACACCACACAAAUUAAAUUAUUUUAUUUUGCUUUGAGAAAAUGAGAAAAUAAUAUUGAGGAAGAAGGUGCUGAUUAGUGAAUAUCGAUCGAUCCAGAGAGAGAGAGAGAUUGUCAUUGUCACCGUCAUGGAAAAGUUUGAGCUCAAUGAUGCCUUGUUUUAUAUGAGCUCACCCUUGGAGUAGAACGCACAUUGCUGCUGCUUGUUUUUCCGGUUUUGAAACAAUCAGUUAUAUGCUUCUGUCUUCAUUCCUUUUUAGCAAAAUCAAAAAUAGAAUCUCACGUUGAUAAAUAUAAUUUGUUCUCAAUUAAGUUUAACGUUUUGAUCACUGAAAGCGAGACAAUUAAAAGUGAUUUGUUUUGAUUUUUAAUGUAAAUGUAUAUGAAAAGAAUAAAAAUUAUAAUAACUAUAUCCAAUGUCUGUCAUAUAGCAUAUUAAUGUUCAAAUAGCAAAACUUUAUCUUUUAUUUACAUUGGGGGGCAUUCUAUGGGGCUGUCUUGCGUUACUGGUUUCUAAUCAUUGUUGAAUAAAUUCCAAAAGGUCCCAAUAGAGUAUAUAGCAGGGAUUUUGCAAAACGUAAUCCAUUGACAAAAAAUAUCCACUCUAGUAUAUUGGUUAAUAAAAUGUUUGUUUAUUUUUUCGUUGGUAAUUUUCUUUUUCCUCUGAGAAAACCACGUCACAAUACCUCUUCAUUUCCGAUAACUGAGUUUGGACGGUCCUAAACGCUAAAACAAACAGAAUAAAAGUAUAUCUUGAAAACUUGGUGGAAACUUCUUAAGCACAUGCAUUGCUAUUAGCUUAUUACGAGGCUAUUCCUUCUCACAGGUUAGGCUGGCCAAAAUAAAUACUCUAUUUGGAUGCAGAUAAAAUAAAAUUAUAUUUAAAUGAGUUAAAUAAAAAACUUUAAAAAGUAUUUUACUUAU